AUGCCUAACUCUAAUUCAAGUUCCUCGUCUGCCAAUGAUGAAGUAAAGGAAGAACUGAGAUCAGUUGCAGAAGCUGCUGCCAACGAAUUUGCAACCCCCGACAAGCAGGAGGCGCGAGCUUUUUUACGAGAAAGGUUCCUGCGUGUAAUUACCGGCAUUGUGGGUAAGCCAGCAAAGUUUCACCUAUAUGAGAAUACUAGCGUCACUGCUGAAUUCCGAGGCUGUGAUAUCGAUUUUUUGGAACUAUAUGUCAGAAACUUGACCACCCCAUUAGGUACAAUUCCAGAGGCUGUACUGAGAACCAAUGAUGUUAUCCUUUUAGAAAUGGAAAAAGUGUGA